AUGGCGGAAUCACCUCGCAGAGUACAACCCGGCAACGCUUUGAUGCUGGUCACUGGUGCCAACGGAUACAUCGGGUCGACCAUCGUGGACGAGCUGCUGCAACAGGGGUUCAACGUACGUGGCACAGUUCGCAACUCCAAGCUGUGGCUGGAUGCCCUGUUUACCUCCAAGUACGGGCCCGAUAGAUUUGAGUCUGUCAUCGUGCCGGACUUGGGAGUCCAAGCAGAUUUCGAGAAGGUCCUGGACGGCGUUUGGGGCGUUCUCCAUGUGGCAUCAGAUCUCACCUUGAAUCCCGACCCGGACAAGGUCAUCAAGGGCACCAUCGCACAUACUUUGGCGGCCCUCCAAGCGGCCGCCAACGUCUCCAGUGUCAAAAGCUUUGUGCUGACAUCCUCAUCGACUGCCGCUCUCAUCCCGAUUCCCGACAAGGAAGGAAUUGUCAUUGAUGAAGAUACUUGGAAUGACGCUGCAGUGGCCGCGGCCUGGAGCAAGGACACUCCCGCAGAGGAUUUGCCGUAUGCCAUCUACGGCGCGUCCAAGACUGAGGGUGAGAGAGCGCUGUGGAAAUUCGUCCGGGAAAACAAGCCAUCUUUCGCCGUCAACACGGUCCUUCCGGCCGCAAACUAUGGAGCAAUCCUCUCUCCAGAGAUUCCCGGCAGUACCAUGGGAUGGGUCCGAAGGCUACUUGAUGGCGACUCCAACGUGUUUACGUUCACGCCUGCUCAAUGGUUUGUCAACGUCAGAGACUGCGCUCGCCUUCAUGUUGCCGCGCUUCUCGACCCAAGCAUUGUAUCCCGACGGAUUUUUGCUUUCGCCGAACCCGUGAAUUGGACGGACGCGGUCAAGAUUCUGCGUGAGCUCCGUCCCGACAAUAAGAAGAUCCCCGAUCCGCCGAUCAAUGAAGGCAGAGACUUGUCUGAGAUUCUUCCACGCGACAAGGCGGAAGAUAUCCUCAAGUCUUUCUAUGGGGCCAAAGGCUGGACUAGCUUACGAGAUAGCAUUGCUGCCGGGAUAGAAGAUCUGCAAUAG